UACAAAUGUACCAUAAUCACAUGAUUUCCUAUGGACAUGAUAAGGAUCUCAGAAGGCUCGACCUACGUUAAAGGUAAACAAACAACAACAACAACAAAAAAGUUACAGAGAUGAAACUGGUGGUGCUUUCCAGCAGCACUGCGAUGUAUUUAGUGUGCGGUCCGAAGUAAAUAUAUAGCGUCCUAUUAAAAUUACAUUAAAAACAAAUUUAAGUCAGAAAUAUUUUUUUGUGUGUGUUUGUCAAAGCUGCUUUUGAGUGAUCAUAUGACUAACUGCAAAAGAAAAUUAAACUGAUUUUACGUAAAUCGUUUAGCAAUUGUUCUAAAGGACAAUUAAAUGUAACAUUUACAAUUUAGAUAGAAUCAACCUGUAAAUUUUGUUAAGAAUAUCUGCUUUCACUUCCCGAGGAAGUUCCCGCCCUCUUCAUCUUCUCGUUUUUUAUUGGUGGCUCGCAGUCAGAAAUUGAGCAUUACCGCCAUCUACUGAAGCAAUGGAUCAGAGACUAAUCCCUUACUUCAGACUUCAGACCUACCAGGACUGCUCGAGUGUCCAUGUCGCUGCGUGUUCAGCGCCUCCUUCUAGCCCUCUUUACGCUGAUUGGUUAGUUUAUUAAGGAAGUCGUGUAACGUCUUGUCACGUGACAGGAGGAGUGCAACCAAGUGUUCUUACUGAUAUGUAACUGGCGUAAUAAGGACCCUCUCCAUCUGUCUCUUCCUUUUUCUUUCUUUGCCUCUCUCCUGUGUCAUCAUUUUUGGCUGAAUGCAGCAGGCUUUGCCUCGGAUUAGCAGAGUAGCUAAGAGGGUUAAGCAAAUUGGAGCCCAAAUCAUCCCAAUGGCUCAGAACUGCAAUGCAUCCUCCACGCAGAAAGAUGGUGCUGUCACAGCAGCUAUUCUCAUCAUAGGAGAUGAGAUCCUCAAGGGUCACACUGUUGACACUAACAGUGCCUUCUUGUGCCGGGGACUUCGCAAGCUUGGCAUCACCGUAGAGCGAAUCACUGUGGUGCCUGACAUCCAGGAAGUCAUUUCUAAAGAAGUGGCACAGCUUUCCUCCUCCGUUACUCACCUCAUCACAUCCGGUGGCAUCGGUCCCACCCAUGACGAUGUCACUUUUGAGAGUGUCGCUGUGGCAUUUGGUGAAGGUCUGCACGCUCACCCUGAACUGACAAAGCUAGUAGAGGGGUUCUUUGGCCCGGUCACUACCAACAGUGCCCAAAUGAAGCUUGCCAUGGUUCCCGUUUCUGCCAAACUCAAUUUUGGCAUAGACCCUCAGACAGGCCAGCGAAAUCGCUUCCCUCUAGUCAGUGUCCGCAAUGUAUACAUAUUUCCCGGCAUCCCCUCUCUGCUGGAAAAGUCUUUCAAUGGCCUUACCCAUCUGUUUUCAGGUUCUGGUACCACCUUUCACACCCGUGAGGUGUUUGUGAAUGCGGAUGAGACUGAUAUUGCCCAGUGUCUAACAAAACUGCAGGCAGGUUGGGGCAAGCGCAUCUCUCUGGGCUCUUACCCAGACUGGCUUAGUAAUUAUCAUCGUGUCCGAUUGGUUUUGGACUCUGACAGCUCGGAAGAGGUGGAACGAGCAAGAACUCAACUGAUAGAAGAGCUGCCCGAAGGAUCUGUGGUUCCUCUCGUCACUGACCCGGUGUCAGUUGCAGCUGAGGAGGUGUACGCGCUCUCGAAAAGCGAGACAGUGCUGGGGAAGAAAGUAGCUACAGCAUUGGGGACCAUUGAGAUGGCGCUGGAGAAAUACUCGACUAAUGAAAUCUGUGUUGGCUUCAAUGGUGGCAAGGACUGCACAGCUCUACUGCAUUUAUAUUAUGCUGCUCUGAAACGGCGGUAUCCAGAUAGUAGAGACGGAUUGAAAGCUCUAUACAUUCGAAUUGUCUCUCCUUUUACAGAAAUGGAGAGGUUUUUGCAGGAUACAAUCAAAAGAUAUGACCUGGAGCUGUUCUCGGUGGAGGGCAGUAUUCGGCAGGCUCUGCAUGAGGUCCGGGAAAGAAAGCCAGAUUUACAGGCGGUUCUGAUGGGAACGAGACGGACCGACCCUUAUUCGCACACACUGACACCCCUCUGUCCCACAGACCCGGGCUGGCCUGAAUACAUGAGGGUCAACCCACUGCUGGAAUGGACAUAUCAUGACAUCUGGUCUUUCCUCAGAACUUUAUAUGUGCCGUACUGUAUUCUGUAUGACAAAGGAUACACUUCAUUAGGCAGUAUGGAUAACACAUGCAGGAAUCCAUCUCUUAAAGUUGUGGACGAGAGAGGUGUGACUCGCUACAAACCUGCCUACAAGCUGGAAAAAGAGGAGGAGGAACGCAACUCAAGGGCAUGACUGACUUCUUAGACAUCUUAAUCUCUCUUUUUUUUUUUUUUUUUUUUAAAGAAGACGCAAUGGAUGACGUGCAACUGAGAACAUUUUGAAGAAGGAACUGAAUCUGAAAUAUCAGAAACAGAUCUUGGACAAAAUCUGUACUUUGUGUACUGGAGUGUCUGGGUGUGCGUAGAAAAGUGAGAUGUUACUAUAUGCUGUAUUUAGGAUUUAUAAUAAAACCGUAUCAAAAUAUCUUGUUCUUUUUCAUAUCAAUUUUGGUCAUAUUAUUGUAAACCAUCAUGACUUGUGUUUCGUCUUUGAGGAAAGUGCGAUUAACUGUGUUGUGCGCGAUUUUUUUCCUGUUUUAGCACAUCCUUGGCGGCAACUG